AUUGAGUAAUUUUCGGAAAAUUCUUUUUCGACGAAUCAUAAGCGCCUUCUGAAUAAUUACAGAAUAGAGUAUAAAUUGCUCGGCCAAAGUAAUCUGUAUUAUUCCGCGGAUCAAUACGCGACCCUUUGAAAGAGUAUCGCAACUUGACGACAGUGUCAACACAUACUGGUUAAAUAUUCUCGAUCAUUUUGAAUUCUGAAGCCGUCAAGAACGUUCGAAUAUCAUGAAACUUUUCGUUUGCGCUGUUGCUUUAUGCUUAGUUGCAGUUUCUUUUUGUGCUGAUAAAAAACCAGGAGAAUCAUGUACAAAGGAUGAUAAAUGCACUUUAGAAUCGGAAUGUAAGAGAACAGAUUCAUACUGUCCAGAGAUGAAAUGUCACUGUAAGGAAAAUAAGGUUGCAGAGAAUAAAAAAUGCGUAGAUGCAGAGAAACCGAAAGUUAUGUAUGACGGCAUAUGUGCAAAAACAGAAGACUGUUACACUGGUUUGGAAUGUACUGACAAAAAAUGCAAAUGUCCGGCAGCUAAAAAGAAUUACAUUGAGAUAACAAUGACGUGCACAGAUAAAAUUCUUUUUGGCAAAAAUUGUAAGGACACAGCAUGUGAAGGUAACAACAUGGAAUGUAAAGACACGAAGUGCGUAUGUAAAGUUGGAUUCAAGGCUAAGAACGAUAAAGAUAAAAUAUGCAGUGAGAUAGAUUACGCAGGACUAGACGGUGACUGUGACAAGAAGACGUGUAAUCCCAUGAUGGGUUUGGAGUGUACAGGUACAGGUACUCCAAAAAAAUGUACCUGUCCUAAAGAUACAGAGGCCAAGGAAGUUUACUAUAUGUCAGAUAAAGUAAAAAAAUGCUUGACGGCAAACGGUAUAUUUUUUUCUUACUUGUGUUAAUAAUUGUGCAACGCUAACUCUUAAACUCUUUCCUUUAAUCGUUUAGCCACCGUUAAUGUUGGAAAAGACGAAGAAUGUAUGGCUACGUAUGAUAAAGACGGUAAAUAUUGCAAAAAAGAUCUAAAGUGUCAAAAAUGCCCAGGAAGUGAUGAUUUGAAAUGUCGGGAAGGAGAAAAAGAUACAUGUAAGAUAACAUAUAGUUUAAAAAAAGACAACAUAUAUUAAUGAAUUGAUUAAAACGUUUUUAUAGCUGGCGUUGGACAAAUGACAUUUAGCAUGUCUGUGGUACUCGGAUGCGUCGCUUUAAGAAAAUUUUUUAUGUAAUUUUUAAGUGAAAAACUUUUGUGAUCCAAGUUUUUUGCAGUGUUUCUUUCUCUCAUAUUUGAUACUUUUUUUCUCUUCCUUUAAACAUUAAUAUUCUAAAAACUUAGAUAAAAUUUAAUAUUCUUUCAAAUUAGAUAACAAUUAUAUGAAUAUAUUAACUUUAAUAAGCGAUCAGUGUUAUCACAUAUUUCAUAUGUAUCGUAUACAAUCAUAGUCUUCUAUGUGUCUGUGCAUGUGCUUUUAGAAUAUAUGUAACUUUUUUUUUAAAAAAUACAUGUAAAAUAUUGUGAUUUCAUAAAAUCAUUUUAUAAAGAUUUUUCCAGUGUUUUUCUUCUUUAGUUCAUUUAUUGUAAGUUCAAAAUUAUGGAUACUUUUAUCGAAAAUCCUCUCUUUUUGAUCAAUAAAUGAGAAUAUAAAUAUAUAAAUAUACAGUAUAUAUAUAUAA